AUGUCUACUGCUCUACAAGAUCUGGAUGACGAUAAUCAACUAUUCGAAGAGUGUACAGCAAAUGUAGAGCAAUUUAGCACCUGUCUAGCACUUAUAAAGCCCGCAAGAGAACUACUCCAGAGCAAAGCUGAUCUUUUGGGGGACUUUUGCUCAUCGAUCAAGUCGAAGACUGAGCAAAAGGAGUUUAUUGCGGAGGUGGAAGAGCUUGAAAAAGAAACUCGCUACCUAAAAUUGCUUGAGGAAGCUGAGAGCUUCAUUUGUAACAUAGAAACCCAUCUUUCGGACACAAAAGUAGAGCUGCAAAAAGUGCAGCGAAAACUCCGAGUCUCGUCUCAGGGCAGAAACACCUACCAGUCUACCCAAUAUGACCAAGGCUACCUUAGCGGCAUCCCUACGGCCACAGUUAUAAGACCGUUAGGAAGAUCACGUCCUCGGGAGAGGUAUCGGGUCAGAUAUGAUCCCACACAUGCACCUCCUCUGCAAAAAGCAGAACAGCCGCGCACAGUUCGGUCUCGACCCUCAAUGCUUAUGGAAAACAUUGUCACUAAGCAUCCUGGGAAUUGCCGAAAACCCACCAACAAUGAAGGAACAUCCUUUGAAACAGCCGCUUGGCAAGGGAAGGUCAAUUUUGCCAUGGCACAAGAAGUUGAUGCUACUCAUAACACAAAGGGGCCAGCUUAUCUCCGAGGCAAAUUUCUAAUCAAGUCGAUAUUUUUAACCCAAACUGCUAAGAUGGCUGCUGGAGCCAGUGAACACAGCUGUACGGCUCAUCGUAACCCGGGACAAUAG